AUGGAAGUCUACGUGGACGACAUCCUGGUCAAAGCCCCUAAGCGAGCAGACCACAUCAAGAACCUCAUUGAGGCGUUCAGCUUGCUCCGCCAGUAUCGCAUGAAGUUGAAUCCAAGUAAAUGCACGUUCGGUGUAUCGUCCGGCCGAUUCCUGGGAUACCUAGUAACUCAACGAGGUAUCGAGGCGCACCCACGCCAAAUCAAGGCCAUUCUCGAGAUGAAGUCACCUUCAACAGUAAAGGAAAUACAAAGUCUGACGGGUAGAGCAGCGCCCCUCAACCGAUUCCUGUCGAGAUCCACCGACAAGUGCAGACCAUUCUUCAAAGCUUUAAAGAAGGGGCAAAUAGAUAAAUGGGACGAGGAGUGCGAAGAAGCUUUCCAGAAUCUAAAGACUUACCUCACUUCACCUCCCCUGCUCUCGAAGCCAGUUCCUGGUGAAGAUUUGUUCGUGUACCUGGCAGUGUCCAACUCAGCCAUCAGCUCAGCUCUCAUCCGAGAAGAACUGGGGGCCCAACAUCCGGUAUUCUACACGUCAAAAGCCCUUCUCGAUGCAGAGACUCGCUACCCAAAAUUGGAGAAGCUCAUUUUGGCCCUUGCUAUAGAGAUAAGCCAAUACGACCUCCUCUACCGGCCGAAGAUUGCAAUAAAAGCCCAGGCUUUGGCAGACUUUGUCGCAGAAUUCACGCCAUUGGCUGAAGAAGAGAAGCUGGUCAGCAAAAAGAAGGAAAGUUCGAGAGCAGACAAGACCUCCGAUGAACCUGACCAACCCAGAGACAUGUGGCAGUUGCGCAUAGACGGAGCGUCGAACCAAAAGGGAGCUGGAGCAGGCAUCGUCAUCAUCACUCCGGAUGGAACCCUGUUGGAGCAAGCUAUCACGCUUGGCUUCCCAGCCUCAAACAACGAGGCAGAAUACGAGGCAUUGCUCGCUGGCUUGCGCUUGGCAAAUGAGCUGUCAAUCAAGAAGCUGGCCAUCUACUCAGAUUCCCAGCUGAUCACAAAUCAAGCCUCAGGAGAAUACAUGGCAAAGCACCCAAGGAUGAUCUUGUACCUUGACAAAGUCCAAGAGCUGUUGAAGGCGUUUCCUACCUUCACCAUCCAACAAGUGCCUCGAGCAGAGAACGCGCACGCAGACGCACUGGCGAGCUUAGGAUCAGCGCUUGAUACCCACUUCGGACGCUUUAUCCCGGUCGAGCACCUUGACCAGCCAAGCAUAGAAGAGGCAGAACAGCCAAACUUGAUGCAGAUCGACGAGGAUCCUAGCUGGCAAGGCCCCAUCAUUGACUACCUGGUUAACGAAAACUUACCCAAGGACAAGUCCGAGGCUCGGAAAAUCAAACUGAAGGCUACGAGGUACUACAUGAAAGGUGACAUGCUUGUUCACAAAUCAUACUCCGGCCCUCACCUUACUUUCAUCAAGUACCCGCAGACGCUUGAGGUUCUUUGGGGAAUACACGACGGCGAAUGUGGAAAUCACACUGGGGGCAGAUCGCUUGCCCAGAAGGCUCUCAGCAUUGGCUACUUCUGGCCUACCAUGUGCCAAGGCUCCACGGAGUAUGCUCAAAGAUGUGAUCGGUGCCAACAAUAUAAGCCGAUCCCUGGCUUGCCAGCUGAGGAAUACCAUAUGCAGAACAGUCCAUGGCCUUUCAUGCAAUGGGCCAUCGACUUGGUAGGACCUAUGCUGACAGCAUGA